AUGCCACCACCAUUCAGACCUUAUGGGGGAGACGAGUUCCGUGUAGUUAGUGAUGUCUCACGAUUUGACUUUCAAAACAAUGCAAACACACGGCUACGGUCACGCAAUACAACUCCCACAAACACAGAUAUCGUGGAUAUGCAAUCGUCGAGUAAAAUGACUUUGGACACAAUAAUACCAUUUUACUCAUCGAGAGUUGUUGAUGUUGAUGAUGACGUUGAUGGCAGGAGUCGAUAUAAACCACUUCCAAAUAAUGACCUUGAAGAGGAUGUCCAUGAUAUAUUUUUGGAGGAAAGAGAAGGAGAGGAUUUCAACCCAAAACAAACUAUUAAUUUGCCCAAAAAACGACGGCCAGCUCGAUUGAUUUCUCGAGGUGUUCAAGUUCCUCAAGACCAUAUAGCUCGAGGUCCAACACCUCCGCCAAAAGAUGCAUCAACUUCUCGUCAUUUGCAAUCAGAACGUGGAUUUUUACCGUACCCCGCAUCGGUAACUGACAUUCCAAUUCCAAUUCCAGUUCCUGAUCCAAAUCCAAAUACAAAUUUGGCUUUGCAACAAUCUGGUCAACUACCAGCAAUGCCCCAACCAUCAGAGAAAUUAAACAGUCAAAGAAAAGUUGGGAAAAAAACAGUUCAGUUCGAAGAAGACCCUGAUAAUGUUAGUGUUUUAUCACGAAGAAAACAGUUGGAACAUGACUUGGUCAAAAAUGUCAUGAGUCGACCGUUGAUUUCAUUUAAAGCUGACCGAUUCGGCGAGGAAUAUUACGGAAAAACAAUAAAUAUUACCACCAACUUUAUCUUGUAUUUAUUUGAAAUAUUUUGCAGUAUAAUCGAGAUUGUACUUGCUUCAGUGUUGCUUCAAUACGAUAAUGACGUUUCCGUUGGUAUAUAUAGAUACUUUAUUGCUGAUGGCUCAAUCUCACUUGCCAUAGCUGUGCUAUUCACAUUACAAUUUAUCAACUAUGAAAAACGCAACGGAAGCUUUUAUUGUCUUGUGGCAACAAUAAUGAAAUUAGUUUCAUUUAUCUUGAUCAUUGCCUAUAUUUUCCCAUUGGCACGGUAUGCAACACAAAAGAUUUGGCUGGUGCGUCGAGCCAACGGUGCAUUUAUCAUAAUCUCGACAUUCUUGUGGAUCACCAAUUUAACCAUGUUUUUGACCACGUUGUACAUAUCGAGAUUAAAUUUGUUGGAAGAGUUGAAUUUUGAUUAUGAUCGCCGCGGGUUAGAUGACAAUUUCAAUAAGCGUCGGCGUUCCGGAGGAGGAUUCUAUGGAGAUAGACACGAAUCAGAGCCGUUAAAAGAGUAUUAUUUGAAUGAGAAUGGUGAGAUGUACGCAUUGAAUGAAGAAUGGGAAAAGGAGGAGCUCAAGCAAAAGGGUAAAAACAAAAUAUUGGUAUACACUUUUUGA